UGAUCUCAUACCAUCACCGGAAAUUCAAGAUCGAUGUUCUAUCUUUCGACUUGCACUCACCUGCCGUGCAUUUCGCGAUUUGGCACUCGAUAUUCUUUAUUCUAAUCUGAAAGACUUCUAGCCUCUUAUGUUCUCGUACAAAUGUUCCAUGCUCCUUCCUGAUACAUUCCGUCCAUUGGCUCUCGCUUCCCGCAUACGGAUUCUCUCCCAACUAUGGGAAGACAAGGCUGCAUACCCUUCCCUCCUUGCAUGUGCCAAAAAAAAACACCCCUCUUUCCAAAGCUACGAUCCCUCGCAUGGAACGAUUGUUCCGUGACCCAUAUCCCAGUUCUCAAACUCCUCUUACCCACACCAUCAUCUCUGCACUACCUACCUCUGCUCCCCGUCUCAAAGCUCUCGAGAUCAAGGGCAGAGUCAUCUUCAUGACCGACAAAAAUCCCUCAAGAAUUGAGUCCCUCCUCAUCAGCUAUUCUGAUGGUCUUACAGAGCUUUCUUUGACAUCCCACUUGCAUGAUGUCUCGAGCACCACGCUUAACAUCAUUGCACCCUGGCCAUCUCUCCGAUCCCUGACCUUAAAGCUAGGUCUCAAAGGUAUCCCUAUCACACCUCUUCGCAUCCCCCAGCCCUUUGCCACACUCAUUCACUUGCACAUCUCAUCUGAUGACUCUUUGGACCUUUUCAUAUCUUUCCUGCGCACCUUCCGAAUCCUCAAAUUCGAUUCCUCCAACAUCGUAUCCCUCAACCUCAAAACAAUCCAGUUCAAUGCAGGACAUUGCGUCCCAGCCAACAUCUGGUCUCAAUCACUCACAUCUCUCAUCCACGCAAACACAAAACUAGAGCACGUCAUCCUAACCGAGAAAUGCGAGUACUGUUAUUGGCGUUGCGAAUGCCUCCCAUCCUCCUCUUUUGACUUUCGCCCCCUACUCGCGCACCAGGGUCUUGCAGGCCUUAGCACUCUCGUGCUCUCUCCCGGCCCUGCAACCUCAAUCAUACUCACCGAUGCCGACAUAUCCGCGCUCGCUCGUACAUGUCCCCAUUUCCAAAUUCUUGACUUGGGGUCGCGUAACACCCCCGUAUCCUUGUAUGCAUUGAAUAUCCUUGUCAGGCGCUGUCGCGAGUUGCGCGAGGUCUCACUCUACCUAAAUGUCACGGUGCGGGUCGAUGCGCUCACAGAUAAUACGAAUGCCGACGACGACGAAGUAGGUCUGCAACCUAAUCCGCGUUUCAUCAAACUAGAAGUCUGUCCUUCGCCCAUCGAGAUCGAGUACCCCGUGCACCCUUUGGGUGAGUCAUUGCCAGAGCUGACGUGGACGGAGGAGUCAAUCUCGGUCUCGCGCGUCAUGCACCACGGGAUGGGUGGGCAUCUAUGGCAGGAGGUGUCGGAUGCUUUGGGGGUGAUGGUGACAGACGAAGGCGGCGCUGUGGCUGAGUCGUCGCGUGUCACAUUUGCAGUCUAAGCGAGACUGCAAACUGCCACCCAAAAGACCGUCAAU